AUGGGUAUUAUAAUUGGGUGGGUAAUGUUGAUCCAAAUUUGGUUUAAAUUUGGAGAGUGUUCUAAGGAAGGUGAUAGGAUCGCGAGGCUGCCGGGCCAACCAAGUGUUAGCUUCCAACAAUUUUCAGGAUAUAUUUCCGUCGAUGUCUUUCAAAACAGAAAUCUCUUCUACUACUUUGUGGAGGCGCACACCGACCCCGCUUCCAAGCCUCUUGUUCUUUGGCUGAAUGGAGGUCCCGGUUGUUCAUCAGUUGGCGCCGGAGCUUUCCUUGAGCAUGGUCCUUUUAGACCUAAAGGGGAUGUUUUGAUUCAUAAUGAAUUUAGCUGGAACACUGUGGCAAAUAUACUAUAUCUUGAAUCUCCGGCAGGAGUUGGCUUCUCAUUUUCUGCAAACACUACAUUUUAUAGCACGGUUAAUGAUAAAAUUACAGCACAAGACAACUUGAUUUUCCUAGAACAAUGGUUGGAGAAUUUUCCAAAAUACAAAAAUCGAGAUUUCUACAUCACCGGAGAGAGCUACGCAGGUCAUUACGUUCCACAACUUGCAAGACUCAUAGUCCAAUCCAAACAACUCAACAUUAAACUCAAGGCAAUAGCGAUAGGGAAUCCGCUGUUGGAAUUCAACACGGAUUUCAAUUCGCGAGGCGAUUAUUUGUGGUCUCACGGGGUGAUAUCGGACGCCACACAUAAGCUUGUGAACACAGUUUGCAGCAGUUCUCAGAUCGUAAGAGAGGAGAUCAAUCGCAAUGUUUCAGCAGCGUGCUCUGAAGUCAACGAGUUGGUGACGCAAGAGAUUUCUGAUUUCGUGAAUGUGUAUUCUGUGAAUCUUGACGUGUGUCUGUCACCGCCAACUAACUCACAGCCGGCGGCUGCUGGAAGGCUCCACUUCCAUUCACUCGCCUCCGCCCAACGCCCGAACCAAUCUGAUCCAAAACCUGCUUCCGCUGCCCUCCCACAGUUCUCGGAAGAUAAUGGGAAAAUAGACGUUUGCAUAUUUAAUGAAGUGGAUGCAUACCUGAAUAGAGUGGAUGUCCAGAAGGCUCUUCAUGCUAUAUUGGAUAAUGUUUUCCGUUGGAACCUCUGUAGCAAUAUUUUGGAAUAUGAUUUGACAAACUUAUUGACACCCACCAUUUACACCGUGGGUUCACUUGUACGCUCUGGAAUUAGGGUUCUGAUUUACAGUGGAGAUCAAGACGCAGUAAUCCCGUUUAUUGGAAGUCGAACUCUGGUGAAUAAGUUGGCCAAGGUUCUGAGAUUGAACGCCACUCUUCCUUAUUCACCUUGGUUCCACAAACAUCAGGUUGGAGGAUGGGCACAAGCAUUUGGGGAUAAGAAUAUCCUAUCAUUUGCCACCAUUAGAGGAGCUGCUCAUCAAGCUCCUUACACGUCCCCAGAAAGAUCAUUGGCACUUUUUACUGCAUUCUUGGCAGGAAGCAGCCUAUGA